AUGGACGACCGCCGCUCGAAACGCUCCCGCUUCGACCAGACCGAGCCGGAAGUGCGACGCCCAUCGCGCUUCGACCGCCGUUCUCGAUCCCCGUCAUCGCGACAGUCCGAAUCGACUCGAGCCCGCAGUCCUCUCAGUCGUGAGCCUCGGAGCCCUAGCGCAGACCCUGCGAAGAAAGCCGAUCCCGCCGCCGCAGCUGCUGCCGCCGCCGCUAAGAUUAACGCCCAGUUGCAGGCCAAGAAGGGGAUCCAGCAUGUUGACGUUCCCCCAAUUCGCUCGAACUCCAGCCCCAUGCCAACAUCCGGCUCGCCGGCCGGCGCAGACGCUUCGGGAAAGUUGAACACGGAUAUCUACGUUGCUGAUGGAGACUAUAUCAAGGAUAUUGAGAUUAAUGACUUGCGCAACCGUUACACGCUGACUAAAGGCUCUACUCAGAAGAUGAUCAAAGACGAAACUGGCGCCGAUGUCACGACCAGAGGAAACUACUAUCCGGAUAAGACCAUGGCCACUGCUGCGAACCCCCCACUAUAUCUCCACGUAACAAGCACGAACAAAGAAGGCCUCGAAAAGGCCGUGGCCUUGAUUGACGAUCUCAUGAAGAAGGAGCUCCCCAACCUCGUCGAUGAGCGCCGAUUCCGUCGGCGGGAGCCCGAACAAGUGGAGCGGGAUGAAUACGGCCGUCGCAAAUGGCCCGAGGAGCGGAUCCCUGUCGAUCUCGAACCGAUCCCUGGGUUCAACCUCCGCGCCCAGGUUGUCGGGCAGGGCGGUGCAUACGUCAAGCACAUCCAGCAGAAGACCCGAUGCAAGGUCCAGAUCAAGGGUCGUGGCUCGGGCUUCAUGGAGCCCAGCACUGGCCGGGAAAGCGAUGAGCCGAUGUUUCUGCACGUUGCUGGCCCCGAUCCCAACGAUGUCCAGGGCGCAAAGUCUCUGUGUGAGGAUCUGCUAGCCAAUGUCCGGGAACAGUACCAGCGUUUCAAGGAGAACCCGCCUCAGCACAGCUACGGUGGCUACGGUGGCCACAGUGGCCAGCGCGGAGACCGGUAUCACUACGGCGGAGGCUACGGUGGUGGCGGUGGUGGUGGCGGCGGCGGUGGAUAUGGUAGUAAUCACCAGCAUCAGAACUCGCCCUCUGCGACGGCAAGCCCGUCGACACAAGCCGCGGGAGCGAAUGGUUCGGGGACCGGCACUCCGGACUACAGCGCUCAGUAUGCCCAGUACUACGGAUCCGAUCCGUAUGCUGCCUACGGCGGAUACCAGAACUACGUCGCCUAUUAUCAGUAUUACCAGCAGGCUGCAGCUCAGCAACAGCAGCAACAGCAACAGUCCCAGAGCCCUGCUCCUCCACCGCCCCCGCCAGCCAGUGAGGCUCCCCCUCCUCCGCCUCCGGGAUCCGGCUCUCCGCCGCCCCCUCCGCCGCCCGGCGGUAGCUACAGCGCUGUCCCUCCCCCUCCAGGACUGUGA